UCUAGGGUCCUCAUUUUCCUGCAGCAUAGAGACCAACACCAUCUCAAGCUAGGUCUCCACCUGCGAACCUGAACACCUGACCCUAACACCUGAGCCUAACACCUGACCUUAACCCCUGACCCUACCUGGCUGUGCUUCAUACAGGCUGAUUUUGUUUUUGUCACAACCCUCUUGUCUGAUUUGAUCUGACUUGAUCUGACAUGUUCCAGUCUCCUGAGAAAGGAGGUGCUGUUUCUAAAACGGCUCUCUCUGAGCUGCCGGAGCCCAAAGCUGGAAGCCUCGACCCCAACAGAAACAAGAAUGAAUGCAGGGUCCAGGUGGAAAGAGCAGGGUCACCUGUACCCAGCUGUAUUUCAAUGAAGAGCGACAGCUCAAUGGAUCCACCUUGGAACUUCAGAGGAGAGUCUACAGAUGACUCAAGGGUCCAGCAGUCACUGGAGGGCAGCUGUUUAACUGAGAAGAGUCUAGAGGUGUUUACCAUCACAACAAAGUCUCUCCUGCGCACUCUGAUGAAGCUGAAGAAGGAUGAAAUGUUGGAACAGUUUCAAAGCCAUUUGACACAGGAUUUCCCUGAAUGCUUUAAGAGUGUGGCUGAAGAUCCUCCUGUACUGGAUACGUUUAUGAAGAUGAAGAAAUUAUUUAAGAGUAAUCAAAGCUGUGAUUACCCAGAAUGCACUGAAAGAGAACAGGAAGAUCCAGAGGCCCUGUGCAUAGUUGAGAAGAUGCUGGAGACCUGUGGCAGUGAGAUGUCUCUUAAGGCCACACUCCACAUCCUGAGGAAAUUGAAGCAGAAGGAUCUCAUGAAGUCACUGGAGAGAGAUAUAUCCAUAAUAAGAGUCCAGCAGGCACUGAAAACUGAUUUGCAGAAGAAGUUUGAAUGCAUAUUGGAAGGUUUAGCAAAUUACAGUCACCCAGUACCCCUCAAUGAGAUCUAUACAGAGCUCUACAUCACAGAAGGGGGAAGUGAGGAUGUCAAUAAUGAACAUGAGAUUGGACAAAUUGAGACAGCAUCCAAGAGACAAACCACACAGGAGACUGCAAUCCUCUGCAAUGACAUCUUUAAGCCUAUACCUGGACAAGAGAAACCCAUCAGAACUGUGCUUACAAAGGGCAUCGCUGGUAUUGGGAAAACUGUCUCUGUGCAAAAGUUCAUUCUGGACUGGGCAGAAGGAAGAGCCAAUCAGGACGUUGAUUUCAUCUUCACUCUUCCUUUCCGAGACCUGAAUCUGCAGAAGGAAAAAGCAUUCAGUCUGAUGCAACUUCUGCAGCGCUACUUCCCACAACUGAAAGAGAUCAAAAGUUUUGAAGGUGAUGAAGUCAAAGUUGUGUUUAUCUUUGAUGGCCUUGAUGAAUGUCGACUUCCUCUACAUUUCCAAAGCAAUGAGAUCUGCUGUGAUAUAACAGAGUCAUCAUCAGUGGAUGUGCUGCUGACCAACCUUAUUAAGGGGAAUCUGCUUCCCUCUGCUCUCCUCUGGAUUACCUCUCGACCAGCAGCAGCCAAUCAGAUCCCUCCUGAGUGUGUCCAUCGGCUUACAGAGGUACGAGGGUUCAGUGACCUCCAGAAGGAAGAGUACUUCAGGAAGAGGAUCAGAGACCAGAACCUGGCUAGCAAAGUUAUUUCACACAUAAAGUCAUCCAGGAGUCUCUACAUCAUGUGUCACAUACCUGUCUUCUGCUGGAUUUCUGCUACUGUUCUGGAGACAAUGUUGGGCGAAGCAGAGAGUGCAAAUCUGCCCAAAACUCUGACUGAAAUGUACACACACUUCCUGCUCAUUCAGACUAAUGUGAAGAAUCAAAAGUAUCAUGGUACUGAUGAGACAAACCCAAAGAUGAUGUCAGCAUCAGAUACAGAUAUAAUCUUGAAACUGGGGCAGCUGGCUUUUCUACAGCUGGAAAAGGGCAAUCUGAUAUUCUAUGAAGAGGACCUGAGAGAGAGUAAUAUUGAUAUCAGUGAUGCUUCAGUGUACUCUGGGGUGUGCACAGAGAUCUUUAAAGUGGAUCAUGGGUUGUACCAGCAGAAGGUCUACUGCUUUGUACAUUUGAGCAUUCAGGAGUAUCUGGCUGCCUUGUUUGUGUUUCGUUCAUGUAUAAAUGAAAACAAAAAUGUACUCAAAGGAGAACAAUCAAAACCUCACAAUGAAAGAGUGCAGCUGUCUGAGUUACACAGGAGUGCAGUGGAUCAGGCCUUAGAGAGUAAGAAUGGACACCUGGACCUUUUCCUCCGAUUCCUUCUUGGCCUCUCUUUGGACUCCAUUCAGAAACUCUUAGGAAGAUUACUGACACAGACCAGAAGCAAAUUACCUAGCAUUGAGAAAACAGUCCAGUAUGUUAAGAUUAAGAUCAGAGAAGAAACUUCUCCAGAGAGGACCAUUAAUCUGUUCCACUGUCUCAAUGAACUGAAUGACAACUCUUUAGUGGAGGAAAUCCAGAAUUCGUUGAGAUCAGGAACACUUUCUGAUAAAGAGCUGGAACCUCACCAGUGUUCAGCUCUGGCCUUUGUGUUACUGAUGUCAGAGGAAGUCCUGGAUGAGUUUGACUUGACGACCUACAACACAUCAGCAGCAGGUCAUCAGAGACUGGUACCAGUAGUCAGGAACUGUAGGAAAGCCAUACUGCACAGCUGUGACCUCACAGAGAAGUCCUGUGAAAUUGUGGCUUCAGCUCUCCAGUCAUCAGACUCACCCCUGAGAGAUCUGGACCUCAGCUACAAUAACCUGGGAGAUUCAGGAGUGAAGCUGCUCUGUGCUGCACUGAUGAGUCCAAACUGUAAAUUACAGAGACUGGGGCUGGGUUGGUGUAAUCUCACAGAGGGCUGCUGUGAUGUUCUGGCCUCAGUCCUGCAUUCUCCUCACUCAGAGCUGAGAGAUCUGGAGCUCAGAGACAAUGAGCUGCACGAUUCAGGAGUGAGAGCGCUCUCUGCUGGACUGGAGAACCCACACUGUAAACUGCAGAGACUGGGGCUGUCAGGCUGUAGAGUCACACAGAGAGGCUGUGAUUUACUGGCAUCAGCUCUGUAUUCAAACCCCUCACACCUGAGAGAGCUGGACCUGAGAUACAAUCACCCAGGAGACUCAGGAGUGAGAGCGCUGUCUGCUGCUAAACUGGACACACUCACACUGCUUGUGGAUCAUGGAGGAGAAAGUAGGAACCAAGCAGGACCCAGAAAAUAUGGCUGUCAUCUCACACUGGACCCAAACUCAGCGAACAGGAAGCUGCGGCUGUCUGAGGGGAACAGGAAGGUGGCGUACACGGGGAGAACGGAGGUUCCGUAUCCUCAGCAUCCCGACAGAUUUGAUUUCCGGAGGCAGGUUGUGAGCCGAGAGACUUUGACGGGGCGCUGUUACUGGGAGGCGGAGUUCAGCGUGUCUGAGAAGGGAGGGGUCCAUUUUGCAGUGACAUAUAAAGGAAUCAGCAGGAAAGGACGCGGGCAUGACUCUGAGUUUGGAUGGAAUCAAAACUCCUGGAGUCUGUGGUGCUCUAAAAAAAGUUAUUCUCUCAAGCGCAAUAAGAACAUAACACUGCCUAUCACCCCGUCCCCCUACCGCAGAGUCUAUGAUAAAGAUGUUCGUAGAAGAGUGUGUUUGUACAGGGUAGGAGUGUGUGUUGACUGUGCAUCAGGCACUCUGUCCUUCUUCAGCAUCUCAGACUCUGACACACUGACCCUCCUGCACAGAUUCCACACUCACUUCACUGAACACACACCCCUCUGUGCUGGAUUUGCAGUGUUUGGAUACCCCUCAUCACUGUCCUUGCUUGAACUGGAGUAGAGUUUCUCUCUCUCUCUCUCUCUCAUACACACACACAAUGCAAACACACAAACACAUUUCAAUGCAAAGCUUUCACUGUUUUUGUAGAAUGUUUGGAAACAUGAUAUUGCAAUACAGGAUUGUUGACAAAUUGUAUUUAAUCUCAAAGAUCACAUAAUAUGCUUUUAGGUAUCAAUCAUAAAAAUACGUACAAAUCAAGUUAUUGUUAUACAAUAUUAUACAAUAGUGUAUUUUACUAAAGAUAGUAUAUAUUUGUAAAGGAAAGGGGAAAUAUUAUUUUAAUGCUCUAGUGAUAAGUUAGUUGUUAGGGUUGGGUCACAUACACUGCUGGUCCUAUAUGGGGGCUAGUGGAGACCCCCGGGUGCCACUGUAGAUGGCCAAAAUAAUGGACAGUGGUAUUAAUUGUGUGCCCCAUCCUGACACUAAUGUUUGGUCUUAAUAAAGAUGUAUUACUUUAGCAAUUUCA